AUGUCAGUUUCGAAAGAUGAUACUUUACCCACUGGGUGGACCCGGCAUCUUGCGCCAUCAGGGCACUUUUACUACUAUCACGCUGAAUCUAAGAGGUCAACUUAUGAACGACCCAAGUCUGAUUCGCAAGUUAUAGCAUCCGUUAAGAAUAACAAUUCUUCUGAAAGCACCAGUCGGAUACCAACAGGGCCACGGACAGAGAACCAAAAUCAUGAAAGGACGGAGAAACCAAAGCAAUCUAAUCAAAAACGAAAGCGAAAAAAGGAUCUGAGAAGUAUUGAUCCCCCACAAGUCAAGGUUGCAGUCAAGGACUGUGAUCCGUGGUUGAUAGUCAUUCUCAAGUCAGGAAGAUGGUUUGUGUACAACCCUCAGACAAACAAGUCAUUUUGGGAUGUUCCUGAAGAUGUUCUGAGGAAAAUAGAGGAGAUGGAUAGAGAUGACUUGAUACUUCUUGUUGCCAGAGCGAGAGGACUCACUCUUAGUACUGAUAGUGCAGCUCCUAAAUUCGAAGAACAGGGACGAUUGGAGGCUGGAACCGAAGAAGGCAAUGCAAACUCAGCUCCUGAUAACACCGUCAUAGAAGAUGUCAGUGACGAUGAAGGGGUAGAGAGCGACCGGGAAAAUGAUGAUGAUAAUAUUGAUCUGAACGACGAAAAUAGCUUAGAAGAAAUGAGCAAUGAUGAUGAUGGCCUGGGAACAGGGUUUGAAUUAGACUGGGAUAAUAUUGAAGAUGAUUUGAAAAAUGACGAUAGUACAGGAAAUGCUGACUUGACAAAUCAGGAAAGACUGUCGAUAUUUUAUAGCCUAUUGGAAGAUUUCUCCAUCAAUCCUUUCGGAGUUUGGGAGGUAGAGCUCAACAAAGUUUUAGAUGAUGACCGUUAUGAUAUCUUGGAAAGUAAUUCAGCAAGAUCAGAUGCCUUCGAUAAAUGGGCUGCACUAAAAAUUAGGGAGCAGAAGCUUCAGCAUGAAGAGUUGUCUACAAAAACUCAAGAUUCUACAGAGGAUAUCAUCAAAAAGAUGGUUGAAGAUUCGCCUGUCGGUAGAUUUUUAAGUCUCGUACGUCGAAAAUACAAAGAAAAAUAUUUCUAUGUUGAUUUUAAGCGGAAGUAUCGCAAUGAAGCUUUGUUCGAUAUUCCAGAGUUGACAGAUAAAGAUAAAGAGAAAAUCUACCGAGAGUAUGCUUCUUAUAAGAAGAAACCUCAAAAUGACCAGAUCACUCUUGUCAAAGAGUUCCUCAGUUCGAAGAUUAAACACAGCAGCGACUUGUCUAAACUUACCGAUACUUUAUUCAACGACGUUCGAUUUUAUAUUGUUCCUGAUGACCAAAUUAGUAAGCUAGUUGAUGAAACGCUCUUGAAAUUACAGACCCAGAAAACUUCCAGUUCAGAUAGGAGUAUACAAGAUCGCCAAAAUAAGAUUCUCGCGGAGAAAGCCAAACAGCAGCGGCAGCUUUCGUAUGAAAGGCGCAAGUUGGAAGAAGAAGUAGAAAAGCUGGACGAGGCAAAAUAUAGUCUCAAGAGAAAUCUAUCUACAGUUUUGGGUGGGAAGUAG